AUGCCUGUUGCUGGUCCAGUUAUGGCAAAACCAAGGGUUUUUGUCGAGAAGAAGAAGAAGGACAGCCAAAAUCCUAAUAUUCAGGAUAAGAAGGUCGGUCUGCCGCCUCGUCCGAACCAGCAUCAACAGUAUAUGGGAUGGACACCCUUAAAUACAACUGUUUAUAAGGUGUUCAUGGAAGUUAGGAAGGACCCGAGCUUCCGAUGGCCAAGAAGGAUGAAAUCUCCUCCCCAGAACCGCAGUACUCUGAAGUUUUGCGAAUAUCAUAACGAUCAUGGGCAUCAAACCGAGGAUUAUAUCAGUCUUCGGUUCGAGAUUGAAAAAUUUCUGAGAAAUGGGAAGUUGCUAAAUUUCUUAGCUGAGGAAAAUAGCAAGGGGAAGAGCACUCAGGAUGGACAAGGACAGCAUUCGGGUCAGAAUAAUGAUCGGUCACGCAACCAGAGGCAGAGGCGUGAAGAGCCGAGGGUUUCGCAGAAUCAGCAGCAAAAUCCUCAGAACCAAGCUAUUAUCGGCGAGAUUCGCACCAUCUCGGGAGGCCUGGCUAGUGGAGGAGAAUCAAGUUCGGCAAGGAAGGUUUACGUCAAGCAGGCAAGAAUGGAAGAAAUCUUCGCGCUUGAAAAACCCUCCAAAAUUCAGAAAAGAGAAUCGAGUGUUCUAACAUUCUCGGAGGAAGAUGCGAAAGAAGUCUCGAUGCCACAUGAUGAUGCUUUGGUGAUAACUCUAACGGUGGCUAACCAUGCUGUUCACCGAGUCUUGAUAGACAAUGGAAGCUCGGCCGAUAUUAUUUUGGACAGCUGUUCAACAAUUGGGCAUUGGCUAAGAGAAGUUGAAACCUUUCUUGUCACCGUUGAUAGGAUUUGCAGGUGA